AUGCCGGACAAGCUUCCCACUCAGUUCUAUACCACAAUCGAUGAGUUCGUGUUGGAGUCGGGGGAAAUAAUAUUCGACGCAACUGUCGCUUUCAUCAUCAAAGGACGUCUAGAUAUUCUACGCUCCAAUGUAGUCGUCAUUUGUCACGCUCUCUCCGGUAGUGCCGACUUUGAAGACUGGUGGUCUCUCCUGUUUUCCGGCAACGAAAAGGCAGCACUAGACCCCGAACGUUUUUGUAUCAUCUGUUGUAAUUGUUUAGGCAGUCCAUAUGGCUCGUCUAGCCCUGUUUCCUCCAAGCCAGGCGACGGGACCGCUUUCUAUGGACCUAGUUUUCCAAAGACAACAAUCCGGGACGAUGUUCGCAUUCAGAAAUAUGUCCUAGACCAACUGGGAGUGCGAUCAAUUCACAGCGUCAUCGGGGCUAGCAUGGGCGGUAUGCUGGCCCUUGAGUGGUCACUGUUCGGCGAAGAUUACGUACGAUCGCUGGUCCUGAUAGCAACUACAGCAAGACAGGGUCCAUGGGCUAUAGCAUGGGCGGAAAAUCAACGAGCAACAAUCAAAGCCGACGCCAAGUAUCGCGAAGGAUUCUACACUGACGACCCUCCCGUCGCCGGCCUUGGAGCUGCGAGAAUGUCAGCCAUGCUGUCGUACCGGACGCAUAAAUCUUUCGACAAAAGAUUUGGGAGACGGAGGUUACUAGCCAGAUCUGUGGAAGACGUCCGUCCUGGAGACAAUGUUAACCCCUGUACCUCUAUGUCUUUGGAAGGCAUGAGCCUUAGCGGCCAUCGUAGCAACAAGCAGCCCACGUUCGCGGUGCAGAGUUAUCUACGCUACCAGGCCGAGAAGUUCAAUGAACGUUUUGAUACUAAUUGCUACAUCCAUCUUUUGGACAAGAUUGACUCGCAUGAUAUCAUUCGCGGACGCUAUGAGAAUUUAUCUGACGGUGAUGCCAUGGAGGCAGUACUGAGACAGAUUCAGCAACCGGCGUUGGUGGUUGGAAUUCCCACAGAUGGUCUAUAUCCUCUGAGCGAACAGCUGGCCCUGGCCAAGGGCUUACCGAACGCGACCUUCUAUGCACUGGAAAGCGAAGACGGGCAUGAUGGUUUUCUUUUAGAAGGCAAAAAGCUCAACUGUAUUCUUAAACCCUUCUUCAAUUGA